AUGGUCAAUGCAUGGAAUCAAACUCGCCGAAUGAAGGGAUUAGUUGUGGGCCCGAUGACAACUCCCGAGUAUAGCGAAUGGUGGGCUAAGAGGAUUAACGAUAACAUUCCUGGGUCGGGUUCAGAAAAUGGUCAGCCAAUAGAGGAGUAUUUGCGUGUUGUCCCUACUGAGCUGGAAACCACAAAACAAGACUUUAAAAGGAAAAAUGCAGAACUGGUGAAGAAAAUCGAGCAGAUGGAGGAAGAAAAGAUGAAUUUGAGACUAGAUGCGGAUGUUCAGAAGCUCGAGGCUGAUAAACUAAGAAAGAGGAAGAACAAAGCUGAGGAAGAGCUAGAUAGUUUGAAGACCGAUUAUAAGAAUCUGCGUUUGUCGAUGAGAACUGCUGGGCUUGGAAAAACUUCAGAGCAGUGGCGUGAAGAGGUUCGAAAAGAAAGAAACAAGUCAGACCGGUGGGAAAGAAAAUUUCAAGAAAUGCAGGCACGAAAUGAAGCAUUAGAAAGAAGCUUGUUGGAUAGCCAAAAGGAAAAAGAAGAACUAAAAGACAGAGUAGUUGAGUUAGAAGGGUCUCUCCGUCAACAUCGAAGUCGAAAUUCUGUAAUAGAUCUGAAAGCAAGUCUGAGCAAGAUCGAAGAAAUGAAGGGUAAAAUAGAAGAGUUAGAAGCAGCACUGCGAAGUUGUGAGGUUCGGAUUGAGCAUUUAGAGGUAAAGGAAGGUCGUCAGAAUGAGCAACUUCAUUAUUUCCAGGAUCAAGUCAGAAGUAGGGAUCGCGUUAUGGGAGAAGCUGUGAUACAGAUUCGAGAAGUGGCAGAUCACUUGCAAACUUUGGCAGUACAAGCCGACACGUUGAGCGUGAAGUACGAGCUAGAGUCAGACCGGGGACAAGUGUUGGCCUCGUUGCUUAAAAAGAUCAAGGUCUAA